CGAAGAAGCAUUGAAAGUACAAGCAAUGAGCAACCAAGCGGAGACUGGCUGACUGACUUGCUGUUUAGCUUGUUUCUUUGUUUUUGUCUAAAAAUCUUCUUCCUCUUCUUCUUCAGCUACAACAUCAUCAUCUCUGACUUUGUGUUGAUGAUGGAGAUGAAGACAGUGACAGAAGAAUACUGACUUUGUGUGGGCGUGGUGGCUUCAAAUCUGUUGAAGAAUGCCUUAACUAGCUCUUGCAAAGGUUUCCAAAGUUGCCUGCUUUUCACCUCUUCCGUCUUUAAUUCCAUGAUAAUUAGAGAGUGAUUUCGCAGUAGAUGAGUUGCAGGAGUUUAUGAUAAGACAAAUUGUGCGUCUCUGAUUUUAUCUUGACAAGUUCAUGGUUGGGAAAAUGGUGGAGGGUCAAAAAUUUACUGGACUCAUAGGAGCAAGUAACAACAAUGGUAACAACUACUAUGGCUUUACACAAGGUUUUUAUCAAGAACUUGGUGAUGGUACAAACAUGUCCAUUGACAGUUUACAAACAAGCCAUGCCGGUGGGUCUGUCUCAAUGUCAGUGGAUAACAGUAGUGUCGGAUCCAAUGAUUCUUUAACCCAUAUGCUAAGCCAUCCAGGUUUAAAACCUGUCAACCACCAUAACUAUAGUGUAUCAGUAGGACAGAGUGUGUUUCGUCCAGGGAAAGUCACCCAUGCACUAAAUGAUGAUGCAUUAGCUCAAGCAUUGAUGAAUCCUAAGUAUCCAACUGAGGGGUUGCAGAAUUAUGAUGAUUGGACAAUUGAUUUGAGAAAACUCAACAUGGGUACAGCUUUUGCCCAAGGUGCUUUUGGAAAGUUAUACAGAGGCACGUAUAAUGGGGAGGAUGUUGCUAUUAAGAUAUUGGAGAGGCCUGGGAAUAGCCCGGAGAAAGCACAAGUGAUGGAACAGCAGUUCCAGCAGGAAGUUAUGAUGCUUGCAAAUUUAAAGCACCCGAACAUUGUGCGGUUCAUUGGUGCCUGCCGGAAGCCCAUGGUUUGGUGUAUCGUAACAGAGUAUGCGAAAGGUGGGUCAGUUCGGCAGUUUUUAACCAGGAGGCACAAUCGGGCAGUACCGUUGAAAAUAGCAGUUCAGCAGGCUUUAGAUGUUGCGAGAGGAAUGGCAUAUGUUCAUGGACUCGGGUUUAUACACCGUGAUUUGAAGUCAGAUAACCUCUUAAUAGCAGCAGAUAAAACCAUAAAAAUUGCUGAUUUUGGUGUUGCACGGAUUGAGGUGCAGACUGAAGGGAUGACACCCGAAACCGGGACAUACCGUUGGAUGGCUCCAGAGAUGAUUCAGCAUAGGCCCUAUACACAAAAGGUGGAUGUGUACAGCUUUGGAAUUGUUCUUUGGGAGCUCAUAACAGGCUCGCUUCCCUUCCAGAACAUGACUGCUGUUCAGGCUGCCUUUGCUGUGGUGAACAAAGGAGUAAGACCAAUAAUCCCGUAUGAUUGUCUGCCUGUUCUGAGUUACAUCAUGACCCGCUGCUGGGAUGCCAACCCUGAAAUUCGCCCCCCUUUCACAGAUGUUGUCAGGAUGCUUGAGAAUGCCGAAACCCAGAUAUUGACCAAUGUGCGCAAGGCACGCUUCAGGUGCUGCAUAGCUCAACCCAUGACAGUUGAAUGAUCCACCAGAAUAUAAGACUGAAAAACAGACGUUUAAGAUGAUACAAAUGAAAAUUGUAUUAUUAAACCUAUAAGCUGUAUGAACUGAAGCUAUGUCAUGUAUCAGUUUUCUUUCCCCCUUUUCCACCGCUAAGUAGGAAGAUGUUAACCGUUUAGAAUGCUGCUUUUUUUUUUAACCCUUGUUGGUGGCAGUUGUACUGAUGUAUCUUUAUCGAAGGUCGUAGUGGUGGGGGAGCAUUGAUGUAUCUUCCCAUAGUAGCUAUAUAUGGAGACCUGUCGUUUGUAUUGUCUUGCUUGUCAUAUAACAAACGAGCUCAGGUUCUGUCA